CGCUCAUGUCCCCGGGCGCCGCGCCGCUCGCGAAGGAGGAGGAGGAGGAAGAGGAGGAGGAUGGUGCGCGGGGCCCGGCGCUGAGCAAUGGAAGGAGUCCUGUACAAGUGGACCAAUUACCUCACCGGUUGGCAGCCUCGCUGGUUUGUUUUGGACAAUGGGAUUUUGUCAUACUACGAUUCACAAGAUGAUGUUUGCAAAGGCAGCAAAGGAAGCAUAAAGAUGGCAGUAUGUGAAAUUAAAGUUCAUCCAACAGACAACACAAGAAUGGAGCUAAUAAUUCCAGGGGAACAGCAUUUUUAUAUGAGAGCAGUUAAUGCAGCUGAAAGACAAAGAUGGCUGGUAGCACUUGGGAGUUCUAAAGCCUGUUUGACAGAUACCAGAACAAAAAAAGAAAAAGAAAUUAGUGAAACCAAUGAAUCUCUUAAAACCAAAAUGUCUGAACUUCGCCUCUACUGUGAUCUCUUAAUGCGGCAAGUUCAUACAAUACAAGAAUUUGUGCAUCAGGAUGAGACUUGCUCCUCUCCGAGCAUUGAGAACAUGAACGAAGCUUCUUCCUUACUCAGUGCUACAUGUAAUACGUUUAUUACAACACUUGAAGAAUGUGUGAAGAUAGCAAAUUCUAAGUUUAAGCCAGAGAUGUUUCAACUGCCUCAUCCUGAUCCUUUAGUUUCUCCUGUGUCACCUUCACCUGUUCAAAUGAUGAAACGUUCCAUUAGUCACCCUGGUACUUGCAGUUCAGACAGUUGCAGGAGUAGUCACUCGGUAAAAGAACCAGUUUCUUCAGUUCACCGGCUAUCACAAAGACGCAGAAGAACAUACUCUGAUACAGAAUCCUAUAAUGAUGUUCCCCUUGAAGAUACAGAAAGAUCUGCUCACUGUUCAAGAAGUACACUCAAUGGGGAUUUGGCAGUGUCAACUAUUCCUGAAGAAAACAAAUCUGUGUCCAUGAAAAAAUCUGAACUGGAAGAGACUCUUGCAUUCUCUUCUUCCUGAAGAAACUGAAGUACUCAACUUUCUCUAAGUAAUGCUAUGCAAAAGCUGCUGUAAUUAUUUUAUUGUUAUAGGAAGUAGUUCUUUCCCUUUUAGAAGGAUUUCUCUGCACUUUAUAGAUUAAUGUAAAAACUAACUUUAAAGUGUAUUUUAUCUUUAUAUCGUUUAUUUGCAAGAGUAUUUUCCUAAUACUUCACAGUUUGAAUGUGUGGCUGUUCUUUUUUGUUUUGUUUUUUGAACAAAUGAUGGCUUAACAGAAAAACAUUUACAUUUGUAAAUUUAGCUCUUUUAAGAAGUGUGAAGGUCUGAUUGAUAUCUUAAGUAAGCCUGUGAUUAGAAACCUUGGAAAAAAGGUUUCAGAUUUUGGGCAGAAAAUGUAACUUGUGCCAUGGACCAACUGGUUGUUUGCACAAACCUGGGACCUGAUCUUGUAGUCCUUGUGUACUCCGUAGUUCCACUGGAAUGGGAAUUUUACCUAAUAAAAGGACUGUGGCAUAAGCAUGCUAGUGGGUUGUUAUAACAGCUUGAUGGUAAUUAAUAUUGCCUGCCUUUAAAACCACAAGGUUAUAAAUUAUCUGGUCCUUAUUUUUAGCCAAUGAAAGUAGAAAUAUCUAGUGUAUUUUUCUAAACAAAUAUAUAAAAAGUAACUUAUCUUAAUAUGAAGCAUUUGUACCAAACAUUGGAUAUUUAACAAUUCUUAUUUAUUUAUUCCUUUUUGCAUCAAAAAUUUCUACUGACUUUCAUUGCUAAAGAUAUACAGAUUUUAUGACAUGCUUAAAUCAUUGAGGAAGUGUAUCGCAUUAUUAAAUGGCUCUUGUAGCACUGUUUAGAUUUACUGUGCAAUCAAAAGAAACAGCCUAAGUAUUCUGUCUAACAAGGUAUUAUUUUAGUGCUUGCUUCUAUAAUAGACCAUUGAGCUGCUGUUGUAAUGAAUAUUUUGUUAUCUAUAUGUAUUUUAUUUAUGACAUAUAUUUAUAUAGAAAAGGGGUUUCUGUUGUUUUUGACUUCUAAAUAUGACGUCAAGUUGGCUUACAUCUAGAGCUGGAUUCUGAUCAAAUUUACAUAAAUAUAAAUUUGCAUUAAUUUCAAGUAGGAUCAGAAUUUGGUUCUAAUUACUCUGUGAAUAAUAUAGAAUAGCAGUGCCUGCUAGCACCUUGCUUGUAUAAGGUUGUUAGUGUUUGCAUUACAAACUUGGUUUUUAUAUUCCCUUUUUUGGACAAAAUUGCUCUAUAAGGUGUUAGUCAUGGAGUACUUUAAAAAAUCAUUUGCUGUUUUAAUUUACACAGUGUUUAAUAAAUAUAUAGUUUUUUGCACUCUUAUGCACCAAA